CUCAGAGCUUUUUUAAAAAAAUACUUCAUCAGACCAAUUGAUACAGACAAAGAAAGGUAAACAGAAUAAAAAAUGAGCCACAGUGAGUAAAAGGCCUACAUGCUACAGGUCUACUGUCAUUCAGUAUUUCCCAACAGGGCUGGUGUUGGAAUGAUAAUAGCAGAAGCCAUUGGGGCUACCUCAUAAAGCUGUGCUCUAGUGACAAAUAGCAAGAGUAAUCAGUUCAGAUUUAGCCAUGAACUCCAAUAAAAGUUAAUUACGAAAACAGAGACUCUCCACAGGCAUCCAAAUGGCAAACCAAUCAAAGGAUAAUGGGAACACUAACAUAAACAAGAACCAGGAAAGAAGCCUUCUGGUUGGACCAACGCCCAUUAGAGAGGGUAUAUAAGAGCCCCAAAGUGAGAGGAGACAUUUGUACUGCAGACACUUCAUCUUUCUUUCCAAGAAAUCAAAAGCAAACCAGAUUCCCAACACCAUGUCUUGCUUUGCUUCCCGCUGUUGCAGCGUCCCCACUGGCCCUGCCACCACCAUCUGCUCCUCUGACAAAUGCUGCCGAUGCGGAGUCUGCCUGCCCAGCACCUGCCCACAUACCACCUGGUUACUGGAGCCAACCUGCUGUGACAACUCCCCCCCACCCUGCCACAUCCCUCAGCCCUGCGUGCCCACCUGCUUCCUGCUCAACUCCAGCCAGCCAACCCCAGGCCUGGAGACCCUCAACCUCACCACCUUCAUCCAGCCCUGCGGUAAGCCCUGCCUCCCAAGAAGCUGCUGAACAAAGACUUCUUUGCCAGCACCUGAUAGUGAAAGAGUCAACCAAGAGGUUUAGUGUUCACCUGUCUCAGUAGCUGUUACUAGUCUACUUUGCUUCAUAAGUUGGACAAGGGGUACACUAUCAC